AUGUGGCUUCCGCGCCCCUAUGAUUGCGCGCAUCGCAUUUCAGGUGCUGCAUUCUUGGGGCUUUGCAUCGCAUUUGUAUGCGACUCCUUUGAGGGUGCAUUGGGCCUUUCAGAGGUUCAUUUCUCUGCUCCCAGCGGCAGCGGCAGCUCCACAGACGCAAGAGCAGCCCCGAACGCAGCAGCAAUCGAAGUAGCAGCAGCAGCUGAGUCCGUCAAUAAGCUGAGAAGCCAGUUCUUACACUAUGAAGGCUAUGAAGGCUCGUCUCGAGCAGCGGGAGGCCCCUCCUUCUCUGCAUCGAGGGCAUCAGUGGAGGUCCCUGGGUCUCCACUAGGCCCGCUCAGCCCCAGCAGGUCCCCGACUGGCAUUCCGUACUAUGACGGAGACAGCAGGGAUGAAGAGGACAGUGGGGAGUCUGAGGGUGAGGGUGAGGGCGACGCGUUGGAGCUGCAACAAGAACAGCAGAUGGGGGAGGGAUACGGGGAGGGCCCGUUUGGGCUCCUGCGGCCGCAGCUCUCUCUGCAACUAGUCCUGUGGUGCAUUCUUUCUGGGGCCAUUUACUUCAUUUUAAAGGGGGCCACGCGAGAAGAUGAAAAGCAGAAAAGCUUGGAUGUGCACAAAGUGAUGCUUCGCAACACGCUGCAGAAGCUGGAGGCCGACAAGACAAUCGUGCGGUCCCUGGAGAGCAAACUAAGUGAAAUUAGAAAAGAACAGCAAAAGCUUAAAGGAGAAGCCACGGAAAUCGACAAACAGCUCAAGGCCGUUGUAGCUGAUCUGCAAGAAGCAGCAGCAACGGCAGGGCUCGAUGGGGUCACCCACGUGGAUGAGCAGCCAGGCAAGAAGCUGCUGCACUUGCAGCGUGGGCACACUCCCAAGACCUCUAUUGCCCUUCCAGGACCCCUGCCUGGACAUGACAGUGCAUGCAAAGAGAACAGCACGCAGCUGCAGUUGCUGCUGCUGAACCAAGGGGACACAGAGAACAACGAAUCCACGGUCCGCCGUUGUUUCCAGCUUCUGAAGCGGAGCAAGCAGCAGCAACAGCAGAAGCAGCAGAAAGAGAAGCAGCAAGGCCAGGGGGAACUUGUGGAUGCUGCAGAACUUGCUACUCCUCCCACCUGGUAUGAAGAUGCAGUAGCAGAGGCGUCCCUUCUGCCGCCAGCAGACCGUCCUCGCGGACGCAUUGGGAGCAACCGUUUGCUUGCGUCUUCCGCGCAGCAUCGUGAUCAUGAGCAGCAGCAACAGCAGCAGCAGUCAGGAGCGAGGCAGAAGGCACAGGAGCGGAAGGUGGCGCUGCUUGCUGCUGCGGGUGUGAUGCUGCUCCGGCAGCAGCAGCUUGAAGUGGACCUGCGUAGAAUCCGGAAUGAGCUGCAGCUUUUGUCUGCUGAUGACGAGCAGCAAGUAAAAGCAGAAAAAGAAAAGUGCCGUAAUGUUAUGAAUCUGCUGCAAUCCGUUGGCGCAACUACUAAGCAGUGGCCUUCCCGAAUCGACGCACUUUUAUUGGGCAAUACAAAGGAAGAAGCAGAUGCGAGGGCAGUAGUAAGGAGCGUAGUCGCCACGCUGAGUCGAGUAGAGUCUACUUUUCGAACGAGGAUAUAUGAAGAGGCCUUCGGGGGCCCUGUAGAGGUGCUGGGGGACCCGCGUUGGGCUCUUGAUGGGAGCAGUCAUAGGGGCGGCAUUGUGGGUGUCACCUUAGAGAGCUCUUUAGGGCCUCAUGAGUGGGGGUGGCGGGGAGAUGCCGCAAGUGAGGCGUUGAGAGCCUUGGAUAAGGCUCACGAGACGCUUUGUGAGCAAUUGCAGCAGCUCAGGAGGGCAGAGGGCCUUAAAUGUAAGGAGCAAAAACUUGACACAUUUGCAAGCAUGACGAAAGAACUUGCAUCGUCAUUGGAGGCGAUUGGGAAGGCUGUGGGGGGUCUGCAGCAGCAGCAACUUACUGCUGCAGUGCAGCAGCAACAGCAUGCAGUUACAGCAGCUGCCCACUUGAGGCGACAGCAGUCGCUAAUGCAGGCGUUGCACCAGACGAACAAGUGGCUCGAAGACGUAAAAAUGAUCUUUGAAAAAAAAUCGGAAAGCAGUGCAGUUAGUAAACACUAA